AUGAAGUUGUUAGCCGGCAUCGCCCUUCUGGGCUUAGCCCUCGCCUCAUCGCUCACUUGGAAUCCAACGCCUCGCAUUGAAGAGGUGGCGUUCCGUCCCAAUGGCGAAUACCGUUACCUCUUCAAUGGUCAGGUCACCACCGGACUCGCCUUACCCAACACUGAACAGUCCGCCACUCGAAUUCAGGCUAUUGUAAUCUUACAGCCUGUCGAUGAGCGUUUCCUGUUCCAGCUGAAUGAGAUCCGCUUUGGAUCCAUUCAGGAAGAAUUCGAGCCACAUAAGCUGCUGCCUUUCGAGCGCUAUCAGCUUGCACGGAUUGGUCAGAGACAUUGA